AUGAUUGCGCAUUCCGACCGUGGUCAUGAAGGCCACGAAAAGAAAGGGACGCUGGCGAAACUAUGGCAUUCAUGCCCCCCAAUCGAUUGGUGGCGACUCGGCUUUACGGGCAUCCAACCCGUUUUGGCCCUCAUAAUAGGGGCUAUAUGGGUCCCAUUAAAAACUCAAACGACUAUCUUCACCAUUGUGUAUAUGUCAAUAUCUGGACUGAGCAUAACCGCGGGUUAUCAUCGGCUAUGGGCGCAUCGCGCCUAUUCUGCGCACCCAAUUCUACAGGUUGCUUUAGCGAUCGGGGGUGCUAGUGCUGGACAAGGAUCUAUAAGAACUUGGUGCCGUGAUCAUCGAGCGCAUCACCGUUAUGUUGACACGAACCGUGAUCCUUACUCCAUAAGCAAAGGUUUCUUUUACGCUCACUACGGUUGGGUCAUAUUUAGAAGGCAGCCCGAGACAAUCGGGCGUGUCGACAUUCAAGAUCUGACGGGUGAUGCCCUAGUAACGUGGCAGCGUCAACAUUACCUGACCUUGCUAUUUUUUACGGUAUACAUAAUGCCCACGGCGAUAUGCGGCUUUCUUUUCGCCUUUGCUAUUCAACAAGCUACCUUUUGUGUCAACUCCCUGGCACACUGGAUUGGUGACAAGCCUUAUUCAGAUCGCCAUUCAUCACGAAAUAACCUGAUAGUUGCUCUUAUUACCUGGGGCGAAGGAUAUCAUAACUUUCACCACGAGUUUCCAACAGAUUAUCGGAACGGAUAUCGAUGGAUGCAUUGGGAUCCGACAAAAUGGCUGAUCUGGCUCUGUGCCACUGUCAACCUUGCAUUCGACCUUGAACGAUUCCCAAGCAAUGAGAUUAAGAAGGGCAAUUUUCAGCAGGUAAUGCAACAAUUGGAAAAUGAACGGAAAAAACUAUCUUGGGGUAUUCCGAUGCACGAACUUCCUAUUAUCAGCCUUGAAAAAUACUCCGAAUAUGUCAACGACGGACGCUCCCUAAUUCUUAUCGAUGGCAUUGCACACGAUAUCAGGAGUUUCAUGAAUAAGCAUCCAGGAGGUAGCAGCAUAUUGGACAGGAAUACCGGUAAAGACUGCACUGGUAUGUUCCACGGCGAGGUAUAUGCUCAUUCGAAUGCGGCAAUCAAUUUACUGUCCACUAUGCGAAUUGCAAGGGUGGAAGAUAUUAGUACCCCUAGCCGACGAAUCAAGCCUAGGAAGUUGAUUGCUUCUGACCAUGACACUAUGCGAGGCUCUCAUUCGUCCCAUGCUUUUUGA